AUGUCUGAGCAGGACUUGAUAUGGGCACUGCAGACCGGGGACCUGGAGGAGGUCAAAGCCAAGCUAGUAACGGUAAGAAAACUGUCAUUUUGUGGAUAUUCUUUUCAAUAAUACUCAACGAGAAGCGGCUGCUUCGCUGAGAUUAGCAUGUUAGCAUGGUUAGCUAGCGUCAUUACCGAACACUGACCAUAGAGAGGCUCAAUGUUUCUGUCUGUGAUCUGUCAGCGUAAUAUUAGUCAUUAGCAUGGUCAUGUUUGACGCAUUGGAGCUGAAAUAAGCUCUUGUCCGUGUGUAAAUCAAGUAGCAUGAGAUUUUAUUGCCACUAUCCUCAGAGAGCAACCUGUUGGUAAGCUAACCACCAACAGCAUUAGCUACUAGACAGACACAGACAGACAGGCGACAGAUAUUCCUUUGUGUCACAUUGAAUGAUUACAAAUACGAUCCUGGAUUAUAUUAAUCUCUGGUUAUUAGCUGAGGUACAAGUUAAAAGGCUUACUACCAUACCUGCCGGGCCUCCAACUAACCUGAGUAGGCGGGGGUCUCAGAGGAGGAGCAGGAGGCCCAGCAGGUUACAGCAAAUCCUGCCCUCCCCUCCAUACUGACCUGCAUUUAAGCUUUUCGGAAAACAGACCAGAAAUGUGUUUGCAACAGUUUCUUUGUGGCUGUUGCGCCAAAGCGAUUUCACAACUUUAAAGUUCCCCCUGUUCUUGUAGAAAAGGACGAGAAGCGAAGCCUGUGCUCUUACCUCUUAUGGGAAAAGUCAUUGAAAAUAAAACAUGUUUAGUUUUUGUUGUGAACUGGAUUAAUGUCUUUAAUAUUAAAGUUCCAGUACAGUGAUCAAAUAACUAACUUUAUAAGCUAUUAUCUACUGACAGUAAAUCUAUGAUGGUAAAAUCAUGCAUCCCUAACAACAAUCACAUUUGGUCUCAUUUUGUUGUCUCAUUUAUUCUAACCUUUUACACUAUUACAGGGAUAUUCCACCGUGAAAUUAAUUUAGGGUCAAACGCAUCGUAACACCAAGUUAGACAACCCCUUCAAGAGAUGAAUGUUGCCGACCGCUUGCUUCUCUAGUUAUACCAACUUUAGUAACAACCGCACGAUAGCAAUACACAGCGGUCCGAGGAGCCGAAAACAAACCUCAACCAAAACGCCACGCUACAGCCACAAAUAAUACUCAGAACAGCACCUAACUUCAUCAACAGUACAUAUUGGGUCCCAGCCAUAGUACUAGUCACCAAACAUCUUUUUGACUUUGACUAAUUUCUUUAGCAAAGCGACUAAACACAACUCACCUACUCUCUUCCAGCAGCCACUUGUUUGUAGCGAGACCUCAGGGCAGUCACAAUGACUGCAGCGGGGUGCCGCAGCUCAAGGAAGAACAUUUAUGAUCAUUUCCUAAUGGAAAUGCAAUCAGACCGAGACGCUAAGGCAGAAGAACUACCAUGUCUGCAGUGCAAAAUGAUUAUUAUGUUGAACAUUACCUUAAGAAAAGGAUAAAUGAUCAUAAAUGUUCUUCCUUGAGCUGCGUCACCCCGCAGCAGUCCGUAAUGGACUGGCCUGAGGUCUCGCUACGAACAAGUGGCUGCUGGAGGAGAGUAGGUGAGUUGUGGCUAGUGCUGUGGCUAGGACCCUAUAUGUACUGUUGAUGAAGUUAGGUGCUGCUCUGAGUAUUAUUUGUGGCUAUAGAGUGGCGUUUUGGUUGAGGUUUGUUGAUGGCUCCUCAGACCGCUGUGUAUUGCUAUCAUGUGGUCGUUACUAAAGUUGGUAUCACUAGGGAAGCAAGCGGUCGGCGACACUUGUAUCUAGAGGGGGUGUCUAACUUGGUGCUACAAUGUAUUUGACCUUAAAUUAAUUUUACUUUGGAAUAUCCCUUUAAUGCCAGGACUCGUCCUGGAGUGGUGAUGAUGCCAUCAGCUGCAGGCCACAAAAUUGUGUCAUUGUGGUGCCGUCAUGGAGGACAAAAUGUUCACAUAACAAUCAGAUACAGCUGUACAGCUACUAGCUGGUAGAAAAACUUUGUAGUAUACAGCACUACAUCACAAAUAUCUAAUAGAUGGUCCAGUCCAAUUUCGCUAUCAUGAUUUGAUCACACUGAUAUUGCUUAAUAAGUGUAUCUCUGAUGUAGGAGUAUGUGAAAGCCUACAGUACACUCACUACCCAGACAGUGCAGUGAUGCAACGCAGCUUUCCCCUGCUGUACUUCCUUGUGAACCAUCAGCACAGACUCAGGCUGGGUGAUUAAACAAAUGUGGUCAAGGAUCGCGGUAAAGUUGUCGACGAUGGUGUUGGACUUUGUAUAUUAUUACUUUAUGGACUGAUUAAACACCCUGUCACACAGCUAAAGAAGACUCUACUAUCAGGCAGUUUAAAGGGUUUCUCUUUGCAUAUCAAGUACACAUCCUCUUCCCACUGCUGAGCAUGGCGUAAACUAACAGCAAGGAAGCAAACGUUUUUAUUUUUUAAAAGUGAAAUACUUCUCCUUGAACUUGAACGUAAAACAGGAAUGCAGCCAUGACAAACAAUAUUUGUAUUUUAGUGUUAUCCGCUCUCACAGGUCCUUCCGUUUGCUGUGAAAAGGCAGGGGGAUGUCAUAUUAAGUUUCAAAAAGCAAAUUUACAGAUUUUUAAAAUCUCUGGUCAGUUUACUAUAGCGGUGAUUCUCAAGUCCAGUCCUGGAGGCCCACUGUCCUGCAUGUUUUGGAUGUCUCCCUGCUCCAACACACCUGAUUCAAAUGAUCAGCUCGUUAUGAAGCUCUGUAAUGGCUUAAUAACGAGCUAAUCAUUUGAAUCAGGUGUGUUAGACAACAUCUCCUAAGUCCCUUUUAGACAUGCACUGGACAAUUCCCAAACAUCAUUCCUGGGGGGCGCUUGUAUGAAAGUGUACAGGUCAAUAUUUCAUCAAGAUGUUUUUCAGACCUUUUUGGAAAUUACCUGUAUAAAAUCAACUGAUGUGUUCAUGCAGCAAGUUUGAGUCUUGAACAUUUACCGUUGUUAAGUGGGUCAUUCAAGUGACUGAUAGAGUUUCCACCAUCUUGUGGUGACAUCCCCAAACAAGUUGAAGUUAUUUUAUCUGGAAUCCUCCUCAUUCUUCUGCAUGUGUUACCCAGCUGCCCCCCACCCUCCCCUACUGAGACCUUACACAGUAUUUCUAGUCGUAGAAGUGUAUCCGUCACAGAUAAUCUCCUGCUGUAAGGUGCAUGUGUUAACGCUGAAUUCCUGGAUACAUAAAGUUCUAAAAUUGUCUGGAAAAUGUCGAGCAUUCAUGUGUGAAAAAGGGCUCCAAGUGCGAUCAUUUCCCUCUUUAGAUUUGCAUCUCAUCGCCUCUCAGUUAUCUAAUUCCCCUGAGGCAACAAGAGCAAACGCACAAACCCAUCACGCAGAGAUCAGGUGUUUUCAUACGGGGGUCUGAAGUAACCUGAUUCCCCCUUUUUGUUUGACGGAGCCUCCCACUGAGUUUUAUUCAAAUUAUCCAGCGUCAGUUUUCCCGUAUUGGCCGCCAGUUUUCUGACUAAAUGAAUGCGUCCUAUCUCACUUGCCUUCGCGUUUAUUCAGACAGUUUAUCAAUCAUGAGGACUGUGAGACAAACCCUGAGCUGACAGCCGCAGCCAUAGCUUUCGGCAGGUAUUUCCACCCUAAGGCCACCCAGCAUUGACCAAGUGUGCGUGUGUGGUCGCUGUGGUUAAGAAACAAACGACAAAAAAAAAAGAAAAAAAAAACAGGGGUGAAUGUGUUAUUUUUGGCUCCAAAGCGUCUGUCUGUGGUUGGUAUCAAAAAGCCAAGUUUCCGUUCCCCCACCCUCCACUCACCCCAUUUAACUCCACCCUUUACUGCAUGUUGUGGCUUUGAGAUAGCUUUGCAUUUAUCUGCUCCAGCCCUGUUAAUGUGCCUUCAUUUCCUUUUUCCAGGCUGAUGAUGUGAACAGGACCCUGCACGGCGGGAGGAAGCCCCUGCACUUCGCUGCGGACUUCGAUCAGUCAGAUGUGGUGUUGUACCUCCUCUCUAAGGGGGCAGAUAUCAAUGUAAGAGCUGCAACUUCAAGCCCCUAUCACAAGUGAUUUGUCUAAUGUCAAGGAUCUAAAUGCACACUAUACAUUACAGUGCCUGUGUGCAAUAGUUCAUGAAUAUGAAAAAACAAUGUAGGAGGAUUUGUCAAGAGUUUAUACUUUGAAAGUUUGUUUUUGUUUUAUGUGAUUACAUUUCCAUACCAUCACAAAUGUCGGGUUUUGAACUGUGUGCUGAUAACAAGCCAGAUGGUCCCUCUCUUCUUCGAGGGGGAAGCCAAGAUCAGUGUUGCUUUCGUUGGCAAAGCCCCUUUUUUUUCCACGACGAAGACGUGACGUUGACGAGCUAAACAUAAGUCUUAGAUGACUAAAAUGUGACGAUGACAAGACUAGACUAGACCAAGAUUUCCAUAAUUUCCCAAAAGAAUGGCAAGAUUUGAUAGAUUAGUUUUACCCCAAGGUAGGUUUCUGUUUCGCCUCAGUCCAUCUUAAAUGGGCUCUGGUCGAGAGAAGUCCCUGUUGUAUGUGGACCAUAUUUUUAUGCGGUUUACUCUUUGCAUGGCACAGUUUGAACCUGUACCACGCACCAACAAUCCUUUUUCACAGACAAUUGAUUCUGGAUGCGCUUUCAAGCUCAUGUAAUGAUUUCCUCUACGGAGUCAUGUCUGUUUUGUUCUGCAGUUUUGCCCAAGGGCCCAAAGGUCACACCAAACCAGAUAAUGAGACAGGAACAGUAUUCUAAAAUUAUUAGGCUAUUUGUUCACGCAGCCUCUCACAGAGUAGCGAACUUUUACUUCUGCCUUUACUUUCAGUCAACCUAGUAAGUUGGGAGGUGUUCAUUGAGCAUUUCUGAUCUUUUGUUAGCGUUUUAUUUUGAAAAUAUUGCUGUUAUCAGAUUUAAACUUGGCACAUAUCACAUUUUACACCAACAAAGAACCAUGACAUUUUCAGUUUCAUCAUUUGAUAUGUUGUCUUUGUACAAUUUUCAGCUGUGUACAGGGUUCAUUGCAAACCUAAAUCAUUGGUCUUAGAUUUAUUUGUUUAUUUGUUUGCUCUGUCACCAACUCGUGCUUUUCUCACUUGCUACUCUUUACAGGCCACAGACAAGCACGGACUCACUCCGCUGCUCUGCGCCUGUUACGAGAGUAACGUCUCCUGUGUCAAAGUCCUGUUGGAAAAGGUCAGUACUCAGCAGCUACACAGAAACGGCCUCUUUUCCUUCACCCACUGGUGCAUGCUAGUGUGUCAGAGACUGUGCUGAUGAGGUAACUUAUUGGACAAAAGGCCCUUUAAACGCAGCAAUGUGGAGGACGUGCUGGAAUGUUCAUAGAGCAUUACACAGUAUCGCAGCCCUUGUCUUGUUUUGUGUCUGCGUUAUCGAGCAGUUUCAUUCAAAGGUAGCCAGGCCUUUCCUCAGUCCGUCUAUUCUCCCCAUCCUUCAGUUGUUUUUCCUCUAGAAUCAUCUUCAACGCUACCUCAGCCAGACAGAUAGAUGGGGACAUUUGCACACACAGUCACAGCUUGAGAGGAGGGGGACAACACUGAGCCAGGCACAGCUGGUAGCAAUGUAACUCAAUAACAAGCGUUCUGUAAUGAAUGUCCAAUCCAGCCGACGUCACGCAACAGAAGAAAACAGAUCUUUUUCAACUCCGUCGUAUUCAAAUAGAAAGCCUCAUCUGUAGUUGGUAAAGCUCUUCUCGCAUGUCUUUGCCGAUGUGGAUACACGCCAGUCAUACACGAGAAGCUGACAGAUCUCAUCUAGACCGCUGGAGUUGUUCCACAACUCGACAAAUAAGCCAGACUGCAGAGAAAUUGAUGCCCGAGUGAUCAAUGAAUGUCACACAAAUAUGGGCCACAAAAGCAACUUGUCUUUCAGAACCUCCUCAGGGUCGUUGUCUCUUUUAUUCCUUCUUGUCGAUAAAACAAACGAAUGUACCUCCAAUUUUCUAAUUUAUAAACACAUAAUUUAAUCUCUGGUGCUAAAAUGUGAAAGGAGACACCCUUUUAUUAUUAAGUGUAUUGAUGAAUGCCACUUAACUGUCAAAGUGAAGCUCGGCUCUUAAGUGGAACAGAAGCCGAAAUUAGUGUUUCACAGUAACUGAUUUCCUAGUUGUUUAAAAGAAUACUGAAAUGUUGGAAAGCCAACAAAUCCAAAGACGAAAAAAUUAAGAAGCAAAUGGUCAAAGGGAAGUGUAAGGAUGCCUAGCCCGUCGUCACACAUUAAAAUAUGUAAGGUCCACACGAAUGAUCAUUUUGAUAAGCUUUACUGGUUACAGAUCUGGGUUACAGCUUCAUCAUGCCAAAGUGUAACAAAGAUUGGUCUGAGACUGUUCAAGUAUAUAUAUCUGUCCACAUUUCCAAACAUACUGCUGAUGUUUAGUUGACCCUAAGAAAAAUCCAUGUACGGUAAGAACAAAGAACAACAUAUAUUAAGGAGCUUUAGGUGAACAUAUGGAGGGUCCAUAGAAGGAAAUACCAUGACAGAACAUAUUUUGGGGACCUGUGUGAUGUAAAACACGGGUACAAGGUCCUUGUUGAGGAUGGUUGUCGGAGGCCCCCGGCUCCAGCAAUCUAACACUGAAGUAUCUGAGGUAUUUGAGUGACACAGCUCCACUACUCUAAAGGCUGACAUGACUGGCUGAAGAAACUCAACCAAACAGGAAGCAAAUACAACAGAGCUAAAAAAACAGGAUCACAGCAUCUGUGAGUUAACAAUGAAAAACUAGUUUGCAGUAUGGUGAACACUGGCAGAGCUAGCAUCACCAGCUUGGCGAUAAACCAAAAAUUUACUGAUACCUAAAUUUACGCCAAUAAUCAACGUCAUUUUGCCCAUAUCGGUAUAUUCGGUGUCAAAAAAAUCAAUAAAUAAAAGUUGGUUUUGGAUGUGUGUAGGUAGGCUAUGGUCACAUGCCCCUUUAAGAUGCUGUCCCCCGCCAGAGACGUGACUCCACCCCAUCCAGUAACAAAGAGGGAAAGACAGGUGAGGAAAUGGAGGACGGUUUGAAAGUUGUAGCGGCUGAAGUAGAUGAAGUUAAUGUGGGAGGGGGUGAGCAGUUUGUGGAGUAGUUAUCAUCCAUUUAUCGUUAUUUAUCAUGAACUGCUAAAUAAUUGUGAUAUUGAUUUGAAGCCCUAUCGCCCAGCCCUGGGUCCACCCUGCAGAUUAACACGCCUGUGCAGAUUACACUUGCUCCAGUAACGUACUUACAUACCAAGGCUACCAGACAAGGUCUACAAACAACUUAAUCCUGAUUUUCGGAGAUCAAAAUGCUCUUAUAUAAAUUCUGGUGAUGAGGUUUCACAAUCCCUGGAAGGUUAGCAGGUAUAAGGCUGGAAUCCCAAACCAUUAAAGUCUCCUGCUAACCAAGAUACGCUAUGUAUGUAGGAUGGAAAGAGAGAGAGAGGUUUAGAGGCUGACAGUGAGUGAGCAGCUGUCUGUCUCCAGCCAAGCUAAAUGAGGCAGAGAGAGUGAAAGCUUCCCUACAUACAGAGCUUCAACAAAAGCAAUGGGAGGAGGAGAAGAGGCAUUCACAAACUACCUCACACACUAAUGAUUAGAGAAAUCUUUUUUUUUUUUUUAUCGCAUAUGUUCCAUUCAAGCAGACCUCUAUUGAUUUACAGUUUGAACAUCACUUUGAAGCAGAGGAAGCUGUAAUCCAUGUUCGGGAAACACUGUUUUUUCAAUCAGAGAGACACUUAACAGGGUACUCCAUCGCUUACUUAUUCCUGUUGGCAUCGGCUCUAUGAAUCCCCCACUUUCAUCCACACAACAGCACGCCUCGGCCCCUCGCAUCCAGGAGCCAACAGAGUCUAGUGAGCAAUUGGCCAGCAGCUGGCCGGCAGCUGGCUACCGCCGUCAGCUGGUUGUCGGAUCAGUUGGCACGGAGAUACACAGAAAGAAGUAGCCGACGCCAAGAGGAAGAAGAUGGCAGUUUAAUAUCCCUAGUUCCCCCUUCUCAAAGUUGCGAACGUAAUUCUGGCACGCACGGACAGGCAGAUUUGACUGACUUCCACCUUACAUGGAGCUGUUAUUGGGUUGGACAGAGAAAACCAUCAACUAAAAGCUCUUUAAGUAACUUUCAAAUUUGUAAACAAGAUAAUACAAACAGCCGUUUUAGGGUUACAGUCUCACAUUGGUUUUAUCUCUGCCCCAAAUAGGUCUACUGAAAAUAAUGAGAGUUACCGUCAUAAAAGUAGGUUUAUUUAAAGGUGGGGUAGGCAGGAUCUGACUAAGUGCCAGUUUUUGGGACAAAUCUUGAAUAUAAACACUACCCCUCCCAACAAGACACUCCUGCUUGUCCGUAUCUUUCCAAUUAAAUUCAGAUAUAAUGCAGAUAAAUCGUGAUAUUCCCAAAUGUCAUCAAUAACUAAUAACUACUGACUGACAUUGAACGCUUUUUGUAUUUACACCACAGAAAAAGAUGCUUCUUUAACGGAUUCCUGCCUGCCCAACCUUUAAUAAGACAUCCACUAAAAAAUGUUGAAAUUGGAUUUCAAAUUAUGAUCCUUUUUAUUUUUUUAUUAGAUCUUCAUUAUUGACCACAGUCAUUUCCCUUUAUUUCCCCUGCUACCAGUCACAUAUCCACUACUGCAGUACAUCCUCUUAAAAGCCACGAGCCCUUCUGCAUCUGAAAUAGCUGCUAGCAGCUAUGCAAGCACCACCUCUGCAUUGGAUAUUAAAACCCCCGGGUAGACCUUAAAAAAAAGCCUUCAUCUGCGGUAUCAUAUGAGUCGAGACAGGCAGCCACAGCUCAUCUGAACAGGGAUUAUAGCGGCAGGCGAAGAUAUGAGCGAACCCACGGGUUUGCUCCUCUCGCGGCUCUGCGCUCAUCCCCAGUAAGCACUGACAAGUAUUAACACCCGGACGCAUCUGAAAGGUCGUCAGCCACCACAGGGGCCAGCUCUCAAUACAUCUACUCCAAAAACUCGCCCCACGUCUUAACACGCCAUGAAUGGAUCGUCCCGAAGCCACAAUGCUGACUGUGCAGCAUAUCCACUCUGUCUGGCAGCACCUGUAGCUCCACAGUCACCACUCUGCAGUGGGUGAAAGGCACCAGAUGGGGAUAUUGUAUUGUGUCUAUUUGUCUGUCAGGCAUACUUGUGUUUGCUAACAAAAUGGCCCGGUCCCCCAGUGCAUCAUGGGAGCUGACCCUGGCCCUGGAGGCUGCAUGCUGAGCUGUUGUUUGAAAAUGAAUUAUGAAAGACCGUUUUAACCCCUAUAGGUGACUCAGCUGUAAGGUUUCUGGCUGAGAGUGCUGACUACAACCUGCAGAGGGUGGCCAGUUAAUUUAGAGUCAACAAUAAGAAAGGGCACACACUGACAUACACACAUGAAUACACACUUCUACUCUACAAGAAUCUGUGUACAUAAGCAUUGAGUGGGAAGAAUGGCUGUAUUAUUGUGUCAAGUCAGUUCCUAUUGUGGCUUUGUCUUUUCAACUUCACCCCUCAGGUUUCCUCAUUAUGGUGGAUGUGACCUUAAUACAGAGAUUUGCCCUUUGUUUGUUUGUUUGUUUAUUUAUUUACACCCAGAGUACGUGAGAAAACUGACUCAUGGACAUUAUUGUCAAGGCUGUUUUGCUAGCGUAAGGCUCGAACUAACUUAAUAAUUCCAGACUAAUGGCUAGGUCUGGGUGAUAAACAGAAAAUGUACGGAUACCGUAAUUUACAACAAUAACCGACGUCAUUUUGCCCAUUUCAAAUAAUCAGGGUCAAAAAAAUAAAUAAAUAGAAGUUAGUUUUGGAUGUGCGUAGGGAGGCUAUGAUCUCCCUACUCACAUCCAAAAGUUCAAGUCCAGUUCAAGUAGACAAAGUUAAUGUGGGAGGGGGUGAGAAGUUUGUGGAGUAGUUAUCGUCCAUUUAUUGUUAUCGAGGUGAACUGCUCAAUAUAUCAUGAUAUUGAUUUGAGUCCAUACCGCCCAGCCCUAGUAACAGUGCAGAAACAGUUUGGUUUGUGGGUUUGAAAAAGUCAGUUUGGUAAAUUUUUUGUACAGUAACCAAACACGUUUUUUGUUGUUGUUGUUGUUGUUAAUCAUCUAUAAUCACCAAAAUCACCGUUGUUUUGACUGAUAUCGAUAUCAUGAUUAUAUAUAUAGCUUUUUAAAAUGUUCUAUAUUAUGUCAAAACUUGUAAUUUAUUAUGAUUCAGAAUGAAGUCUUGCACUUUUUAACCCAGUAGUCAAUUUGUUAGCAAAGUGUGCACACUCACGAUCACCACAGCUUCCAUCUUGUCACACCUGUCUCCUUCUGCUCCUCUCCUUGCUCUCCUCCCUUUACCUGUGGCUGCCUGAUAGUCUGUAAAACUAAAUUUAUCAUCCAGCUCUAUUAACUUUCAUUUCCAUAUGAUGAAAACCUCACACACUCUUUAAUAUUCCACUUGUGUCACACUGCAGUCCAGUGCCGUUUCAUAACCCCCAAAUGAAUUAACCCGAAGACACCCCCAAGUCUAUAUUCUUAAUCGUACAGCCGUGUCUCACUUGGCAUGAGCUGCUCUAGCCAACAUUUGACCAUAAGGUGUUCGUGAUGGGUCAUUACUCAAGCUGAGGAAAGCUCAUUAAUGGAAGUGGUGCCAGGGGGCGUGCCCCAAAGCUAGAUAGCCAUUGGGAAUGGUAUGGCUGGAGUCCUAAGAGAGAGUAUUUAUAUAGGCCAGAGCUAUUUCUGUAAGUCUACCAUAAAUGUCAUUAAGGUGUUUCAGUCUUUGGCAGACCCUGAAGAAAAAGGUCUGGGUCACAAGAGUGAAGUUAUCAGAAGGGAAUGCCAAUUUUAGAGAUCUUUUCACUUCAAGUAUAGUGGUGCGUAUAUGUGCUGUUUCCCUGUUUUGAGAUGAGAGCGUUCUUGUCGUUGUUUGGCCAUUUCCUGUUUUCUAAAUUAGGUCUGUAGAGUCAGUAAGGUCCUAAACAAGCUGCUAAUGACUUCCCCGGAGCUGUAGAAGCGAGGGAGGGAGAUCUGCCACCUAUCCUCCCAUCGGCCACUGAUAACAAAAAAGUGGAGAGCAAAAUGAUUGAUUGCCAUGUACUUAAAAAUGAACGAGCCUGCAGUUAUUUGAAAAUUUCACACCCCUGAUCUCAGUUUUUUUUUGUUGAUCUAUUCAGUAUUACAGAUGUAAAAACAGUAUCUGUCUCCCUCAUGAACCCAAACACCCGACAGCUCAGAGAAUAAUUGACCUGUUUUGAAGCUCAUAACAUAAAUAUCUCCAGUAAGAAACAACCAGUCGUGUGAAAUUUUCUGCAAAAUAGCAAGCAAGAAUAAAGACACUGGUUUGUGUUUCUGGGGGAUUUCAGGGCACUUCACACUCGACAAACCUUGUGGAAAUGCCAAUUUUCUUUUCCAGCAGGACUUAGCCAAAACUCCCACCAGAUAGUUUGCCAACUAUAAUAUUACUGUACUUGAUUGACCAGCCAACCCCAUACAGAAUCUAGGGAGUACUGUGAAUGAGAUGGACAUGAUCCAAGAACAAAGACGGACUGAAAGUUAAUAAAAAGAAGUCUGGUAUGAUCUAGUUAUGUUAUUUUAUCCAUGAAAGAAUGAUCCCUCAGUGGAUAUUGGGUCACCAGUUCACAUGUUAUACAACCAGAGCGCUGACAAGUCUGCUCCUCCUAGAAACAUGGAGUCUCAGUUUUCCGUCUUUUAUACCAAUUAGAGAUGCAGAUCUGACAGGUUACCAGCUCAGCUCUGGUAAAUCUCUUUCUCUGGAUGCGCUCUGCUGCUCCUGUGGCUUGGAAUAUGCACCCAGACAAACCUCCUCACACUGCUGGGCGGUCGAAGUAGGGCACAUUGUUUUUGAUGCCCUGCUUCUCCACGCAACAAUAGACUCUUUCUGCCUGGGCUCUGUAAGCUCUUUGCUAAGAGGCUAAAGUUGGCAGGCCAAACAAAGACAAGUCUCUCUUUACUUCUCCUCCUCUCUCCUUUUUUGCCUAUUAAAUCUGUUGUCACUACAUGUGCAUUCAACACACUGCAUGCCUGCUGUCUUGUUUUUUUUCUCUUUUUCCUUGAUUUGUUUUUAGUCCUGAGUAAUCCACUGGAUUGCGUCCACUCCUAUCUUUGUCACAUUCAUUCUUUUAUCCCUCAAAGCUCAAAUUGAUUCGCGCCUCAGCGUCUGGGACUUUGUUUUGCAUGUCCUGUCUGGAUGAAGACAGGCUGACAGGCGAGUUAUUAGUUUCAGAGUGAGAGAAAAGUCAGUGACAAAAGUUUUGCAAUUUCUAUUUUUUGUAGCUGACUAAGUUAGUUAAAGGUUUGUGGCCAUAGAACAGACAGCUGAAGUUGAUAUCAUACUGAUGUGCAAUAUAGCUGUUUCUACCAACAUCAAACCACUGGUGAUAUUUCCCAACAAAAGUGCAAUGUUGACAACUUCACAUUAGCCUCUAAUAACAGUCUAGACUUCGGCCAAUUGGGAGCAUGUAUUAGAAAUCAGAAAAUAACCGGGCCAAUCAGUGACUGUGUUUCCACUGUUCCCCAGACAACAGGGAAAGACAGCCCCUGAUUGGUCCAUGUGUAGAUGGCGACGUCCAGCACAUGCUGCAGGACUUUUCAAAGCGCCAUUCAUUCAGAACGCCGUUAAUUCUGCAGUUGACUUUGCAAAGUCGGCAGAAAUCGUUUAUAUCCGCAGAAGAAGACGUAAAAGACAUUGUUUGCUCGCACAUGUUGAAAUAUUACCAAACCUUUACUUGAUGCUCGAGAGCCCAGCAGGGAACACAGUUGCGCACUGUGAUGACGUCAGAUGUUUGGUUACGGUGAUGGGUUACAGUAGGCUGUCUAUCAAGGAAAGUACUCCCGCCCACUUUUAGGGCUCCCAAUUGGCCAAAGUCCAGACUGUUGCGGCAAGGUACGGCAAGUGAUUCACGUAACUGGAUGGCCCAGCCAGGCUACUGUAACACCCCCUGGCAAGCACUCUGCCCUGCCAUGGACUCUUCUGUUCAGCUACUGAUAUUUCCCAUGAAACGCCAGGGACUUUUUGGAAAAGGGUCAUUUAAAGGCAUUCGCAGAAACACCACUGAAAACAUAAAAAAAAAAAAAACGCCAUAUUGACCUCGUCUUGAAAAAGCUGCUCUUUUAUAUUUGGCUACAGAAAAUUCAGCACAGACUCUUGGUUCUUGCACUUCUGAAAAGAGUCCAAACACUUUAAGGUUAUGAUGGGACUAAUGUUGUUUCUGGCCCAGAAGAAGGUCCCUGCUCUGGCUUAUUGUUGGCCUGGAAACUAACCACAUGGGGAUCCCAGGGCUGAAAGUUCCAAUGAAAUCACAGUAGAUGCUCUCCUUUCGAACCUUUUAUUGACACCGAUACCCAAUAUCCCGUGAAACACUUUCCAGUGCUUUCCUGCACACUGUAAGACUCUAAGAGCAAAAUUCUGUCAGUAUAUAAUCAUUAUUCGGGUCUUGAAAAGGCCGAUCAAGAUUCUCCAUGUUGUGUUUUGACCUCUGAACCCAACUUUGAGAUGUUUAUCCUCCUUUCUGCAUGUCUGGCUCCAUUGAAGUGCAAAACAGGGAUUGGGCACUUAGCUCUAAGAGAGGCUAAAGAUCCAGGUCGCUGCUCUUCACCUUCACCCUCACUCAAUGAAGUGAAGUUGGCAUCAUACUGUGAUCGAGAGUUUACACACCCUCUAAGCAUAUUUAAUAUUCAUGUCUCCUCUCCUCCGCAGGGAGCUGACAAAGAUGCAACAGGACCGGGUGGCGUCAGUGUCUUUGAAGCUGCAGCUGAGUCCGCAGCCAUUAGGGAUCUGCUCAAGUGA